GAGAGGAAGAAGAAGAAGAAGAAGAAGAAGAAAGGGAAGCAGCAAGAUGGGGCAGUGGAGAAUAAUCAAAACAAAGCCAAAAAACAGGACGGGGCAGUCGCCAUGGAGAUGCAACCCCUGAAAAGUGCCGAGGGCGGCGAGAUGGAAGAGAGGGAGAAGAAGAAAGCCAGUGUGCCCAAAAAAGAGAAAUCCGUUCUUCAGGGGAAGCUCACCAAACUGGCUGUACAAAUCGGGAAAGCAGGCCUGGUGAUGUCGGCCAUCACUGUUAUCAUCCUGGUCCUGUACUUCGUCAUCCAGACUUUUGUUAUCGAUGGGAAGACGUGGGCAGCUGAGUGCACCCCGGUCUACGUGCAAUAUUUCGUCAAGUUCUUCAUCAUCGGCGUCACCGUCCUGGUGGUGGCAGUACCGGAAGGCCUGCCACUGGCUGUCACCAUCUCCUUAGCGUACUCUGUGAAGAAAAUGAUGAAAGAUAACAACCUGGUUCGCCAUCUGGAUGCCUGUGAGACCAUGGGCAACGCCACCGCCAUCUGCUCUGACAAGACCGGCACACUCACCACCAACCGCAUGACUGUUGUGCAGUGCUUCAUGGGUGAUGCUCAUUACAAGGAGACCCCUGACCCCAGCAACCUGACCCCCAAGACGCUAGACCUGCUGGUCCACGCCAUCGCCAUCAACAGUGCCUACACCACCAAGAUACUAGAUGACUCCAAGGCCUGA